AUGAGUAAACAUGACUACGACGAUUAUGAAGAAAAAGAAAACGAAUUUGAGGUUAUCGUAGAUAAAAUAUCCCCGUAUAAAGACACAAAUAUUAAUCCACAUAAUGGAAAAAGUAUUUCUAAACUCGUUUAUUCACCAAAUAUGAAAUAUGUUGCAACCAUAAGUGAUAAUGAUAAUUCAAUUGUCGUGUGGAAAAUCAAUGAUGAACAUUCCGAACUCGAACCUGUCUGUACACGUUUUCUUGGGAGUUAUAUAAAAAAUCAAUGGACUCUGUCAGGGGUCUUAGAUUAUAAGUACGUCUUAUUACAGAAAAGUAGAGGCAAAGCUUACGACUUUGAAAUAAUUGAUAUUCAAACCGGAUCUGAACAGAUAUUAAAAGCUCAAAGUUUAACAGGAGCGGUUGACGGGGCCUCCUUUCUUGAAAAUGGAGAUGUAGUAAUGGUUAAGGGAGAACCUUCUUAUAGGGCUUACAUAUUUUCGAAACCAGAUUUCAACAGUGGACAUCAAUGGAGACAUAAGGGUAGCAUUGAAAUCAAUAAAUAUCACAAAUAUGUUAUUUCUAGAAAAGGAAAACUGCUGAUUCUCUUAGAUGUACCUUCUGUAAUUAUGCAAUGGGAUCUAGAAACCCUAAAGUUCGAGGCACAAUAUCUGGAAGAAGAAACCUAA